AUGGAUGAUUUUAUCGAGGACUCGUAUUUGGACUCAGCAGUAGGAGUUGACCCGGGCAUCAGCGCUAGAAUUGACGUAACUAAUCCGAACUCGGCUUUCUUUUCGAUAAACUCUGACGGCUCUGAUGAGGAAAAUGACGACUGGAUCGACGUCAAAAAGACAGAAAUUCCAGUCGAAGAGAAUUUCAUGGCAGAGCUCAGGGCAACGAUAAAUGAGACUGAUUGCGACCCGGGAAUGAUUCGCAAGAUUCUCGCUGGUCGACCUCUGACGCCAGAUGAAGAGGAUACCGCAGAGCUUCGACAAAAGAUUUGGCCAGCUUUGUUAGGCGUUGCGAAGCGGGAAGCGAAAGAGUUUUCCUGUGAGCCAUCCGAGGAAAUCAAAAAGUUUUUUGAAGAAAAUGGUCUCCCCGUCGGGUCCAUUCAGUUGGCGACGUUUUUUGCUCAAUCGAAAGGACUCGAGCCUGGCAACUGGAUUUAUCUAGUCACUCCCUUGUUACAGUUAGAAAUGACGACAAGUCAGCAGUACACACUUCUUCAUCCGAUCGCCACAAAACUGACACCAUUGAAUGACAAGUCUCUUCACUUUGCUUCAGAGUCCAUUCUUCUUUUGCUUCAAUAUCAUGAACCAGAACUGAGCCAGAAACUAUCAGACUUACGCGUUCCAUUCAACGAGGCUUUCUCGCCAUUUCUAUCAUCCCUCUUCGCCGUCGCCAAAUCUCAGGCCAUCAUGAGCCUUUGGGACGGGAUUCUCCAGUGCAAUGAUCCGAUUCUACCUAUUUUCCUGAUCGUCGUUUUACUUAUCAACUCUGCGGAGCAGUUGACGGAAGCAAAAUGCACUGAAGAUGUUGUUAGUCAACUAACAAAUUGCCUCCAACAAAUGGAACCCGAUGACAUUCCUGAUUUCAUCGAACUAGCUAUCAACUACCGCGACCUUUCUCCCCGAAGCCACCUCGAAAUGAGAAUAAUGCCCCUUUUCACCGCCAGGCCGACUUCUGAUUGUCAUGAGUCGAUCCUCUGCGCUGAAAUUACCGCUUCCGAGGCCCUCCUCAGCAUCGCCGGGGAUCCCUCUUGCUUGCCAUUUGUUCUUUUUGAUGUCAGAAGCCCGGAUGCUUUCAAUCAAUGUCAUUUGCACUCGACUAUGCAUCUGGAAGAAUCAGAAGACGGAGAAAAGCUACUAGCGCAAUUGGAACACCACAUUGAGUCGCUGCAAAUGCCACCAGAAGAAACGCAUGUUUGUCUAAUUGGAGAGUCGAAGAAUGAUCCUACAGUGAUUUCUUUCGUUUCCCAGUUGUUGAAGCAAAGAAGAAAGUAUCUUUCGAUCAUAAACGGAGGCUUUGAGGCUCUUCAAAUGCACAUCAACUCUUCCGAAUCGCAGCUCGAUCCCUAUCAGUGGCUGAUCGAAGAAAAAGCACCCGAGCCUCCAAAACCCACUUCUAAGUUUUUCUCGUCCAUUUCAAAGUUCACCAACCAAGUUUCUUCAAAUAUCAAAAGUUCGGAUUUCGGAGCCAAGCUCAAAGCUGGCUUUGAGAAAACUAUCAGUGAAGCAGAAACGUCGCUGGGUCUCGGAAAGAAGAAUUUGAAUCAACCUUACAGAAAGGAUCCCCCUAUGUUUAGUAUCGACGAUGAAAGUGAUGGCUCUGACAAUGACGAGGAACAGCUGAACAUGGAGGCAUUUCUCCACCGAAAAGAUAUCAAAGGCAACUGGUCUGCAACUGGCCCAAACAACAAGAAAUUCGUCCUUGCGCUUUCUUCCUCUCAGUUGAUCAUUUGUGCGCCUUGUUCGGACCAAAAGUGGGCGAAAAUCAAAGCAAGAAGACCGCUGUCAACGAUCACAAGAAUAACAUCGAAGAAAAAAUGCCCAGAAAUUAUCACUUUCCGAUACACAGAUGAUACAAAAGACACAUUCCAUUUAGAAGAAGCUGGAGAUGCCACGAGGGAGAUAAAGCGACAAGUCGUAGCAGUUUUGGACGCUUUAGGCCAAACAGGGGACGCAAAAUGA